ACGAGUAGACCUAGCGCAUGAAGCCCGACAGGUGGUCUGUGAGAUGGAGGAAGAAGUGUCGGUGAAACGAAGCAGAUACAUGGAACAGGGAAUGGAUGAAGAAGGAAUGAAGACAACGAGGCAGAAGGUGGCGCCAGCUGCUCUCCAGAAUCUGGGUGGCAUAGUGGAAUCAGACGACUUUUCGGAGAAAGGAGACGACAAAGAAGUCAAAAGGCCCAGUUGCUCUCGGAUUGGAAAUAAGGACGAUCCGUCUUCCUUUGCAGAUAUUGACAAGACCAGUGCGCGGCUGGAGGAAAAAGAAACGUGGGAAACGAAGGAGGUGGGAGGAAGGAAGGAGAAGGCGACAGAGACCGCUGAAGUAACCCAGCUUAACGGCACGUAUGAGUUAAGCAUGGGAACAGAUGUGUCUCCACACAAGAUCCCAGAGGCCCAACAUGGACAUCAAAGAGAAUGCCUACAAGAACAGAACAACCAGAAAUACACCGAACGAACGCCAGCAGCGGAGUCAACCCUUUAUGCUUCGAAGGGGAAGUGCAACAGAGAAAUGCUCCGACUGGGACUUCAUCCUGCACCUCAGACAAAAGCAGGCGAGUCGUCUGUGGCGAACGGAUUGACAGCGUGUGGUCAAGAAGCUUGUCAGAUGGGCUGUGUCUGCAGCAGCCUGUCAUGCCCCAACAUGGAGAAAGAGCAUUGCGGGCAAGUGCAGUGUAUGCUUUGUUGCACCUGUAACAGUAUUGCCUCUGUUGCUUCUUCGACGCCACCAGCCCCAUCGCAAACAGGUACAGACGCGUCUGGUCACGACCAGUCCCCAGCAUGUGCUUCUCUGGGCCCAAAAUCGCUUGGUUCGGUGGCUGGAAGUCGGAUGAAGCGGACGCGCAAAGUUCCAUUAAGGUACACGAAGCAGGACGUGUGGUACGGGGGACCAUUGCUAUUCGGAACAUCAGACGUCAUUACCCCUCGCGUCCAGGCACGAUCGCGUAUGAGGUUGCCAAGUCACCUGCCAAUGGACGACGAAGAUGUCCUAGACAGACAGUACUUUCAGCUCUCAUGCAGAGUGAGGGUACGGGUGCCACUUUACCGACUGCCGCAAGUGUCGCCGUUUUGUAUCGUACACCAGUCUCACAACUGUCGCAAGUACGCUGAACGCGGAAGCUGUUACAAGCUAACAGCGCAUCGUUUGCGCCAACUGGGCCGCAACGUGGCCGUACGGUCACGCCGUCUACCGCCUACUAUCUUUAGGCCUCGUCAUGACCACUCAGCACGCACGUUCGCGGUUCGAAAGACGAAAAGGCCAAUGGAGUUCCUCCCACUCAAGCAUUCUUGCUUGCUUGCAGGUGCUGUCUACAAGGGAGCGCAAGCACCACGUUUGCCCGUCCCACCACGGCGCCCGCCAACCAUCGUCCAGCUGCCCGACCCAGUGGCCUGUCAAGAUGUGGAGCGUGUCGUCCGCAUCGUAUCGAGUGAAACAAGUGCCACAGCACCCAACAACACUCAGCACGUAGCCGUGCGUCUUCGCAACGGCAUGCUGAACGUGCUGUCCUCAACGCCCGUUCCGCCGGGAAUGACGUGGCGGAUCGAGUCUGCCGACGACGUCUUGGUGGCUGACAAGGAUGGUCAUCGGUUUCGCAACCCACCCGAGGGACAGCGUCUGAACGCUGUGUCAGUGGAGGACAGUGAAGGACAGCUGUAUCGCAUGCCACUGGUUACGAUCAACUACCAACUUCAGUUCCUUCGCGCACGAGCUAUCAGCAGAGAUGGUGUGAUCACUAUUUACGCGAAGGAUGCUCCACAGUCUGACAAACGUCGUAAGCUGUAUCGAGUGAAUAUGAGGACGCACAAGCUGCAUGAGAGUGGCAUGGUUCUACUCCGUCGGGUCACUGCCGGGACGUUCAUCGUCAUUGGCAUUGUGAAGGCCUGUGACGAGGAGAAGGAAUGGAUUGCGGAAGCUGUGCGCUUCUUGUGUGGCCUCGGUGGUGGCAUGGUGCAAAGCUCUCUCCGGUGCAUGCUCGAAGCAUUUGACAUAGACAGGGUCUGGCAACUGAACUCGGCCAGUGCCUAUCGGAUGCCGACCACAAGUGUCCCGACGUCUCUAGAAGAGAAGGGGAAGACGAGUCAAAUGAUUAGGUAUGUGUCGCCGAGCAGGGCUCCCAAACACUUCUUGCGACCUGUCUCGUCAACGGAUGUACCAUCCUUGUCGCUGACUUGUGAGGAAUCGGUCUCAGAUGCAGAUGGCGACCAGGUGUGCACCCUCAAAGAUGGUAGCGGUGCUCCCGCCUACGAACAGCAACGCUCACAAAAAAGACCGAGAUGCCACCCAAUCAAGCAGCGUGUGGUUCCCACUGAGGUCCAGAAGCGCGUCUGUCUAAGUGAUGGAGAAUCUGCCGCUGGAGGGGCUCCACAGAAAGCACCACAUCCUUGCGAAUUAAAUCAGCAACGCGAGUCCGUUGCUACUGACAUUCCGCCGCAGAAGCCGUUAUCUGUGCGUGACAAAAAACCUGCUGCUGAAGGGGCUCCGCAGAUCUUGCCACUCAUGAGCAGGCCCACCCAGCAGCAAGCAGGCAUCAGCCCCGACAUCCAGACGCAGAUGUCGGUAUGCAGCAGUCGCAAGCCUUCUUCUGGAGAAACUCCACAGAGUGCAUUGCCAAUGGGCGGCCUUUCCCAGCAAUGCUUGUCGUCCUCUCCUGACGAGCAGACUCAAACACCGCCUUGUAGCAGUAACACAUCUGCUGCAGGAGCUUCACUGAGCGUGCCACCUAGCUCAGGUCUGAAGCAAGCGUGCUAUGGUGGCAGCCCUCGCAUCCGGCUGCGUGUUGAAGACGGGAAAGUGGUAGCGGUGACGCAGGGUGGCAAGAACAUCCAGGUGGCUGCAACAAAAAGUUCCAAGGACGUGACGAAAGGGCAUAUGAAGGUGGCUGUCAAAGGUGGCAUCAGCACUGUCAAUGCAGCCGCGAAAGAUGGCUCGGUUUCUGGGUGUGGUUUGUUGGGUACCAACUGCUCACUGGAUGGAGAUGCGUCAAAUGUCACAGAACAUGCUCCUGGAAGUGUGUCAAGUUGUGGGAAACUGGGCUUGGCGGUCACUGAGGAUGCUCAGCCUAACGCUAAAUCUAGUAACUGCGACAAAAUCAUCGUAUCCUUCAAGCGACAUGAACAAGAGGCCCUGAGGAAGGCUAUCAACGCCGCCCACCAAGUUCCUACCAAAGCCUUUCCUUUGCUAGCUCCUCGCCAGCCGACAACGCUACAACCAGGGCAAUUGUCCGGCCAACCCACUCUGAAAUCAACAGAUGUAACAGUGCUCCGCCAGGGCAAGCCUUGUGAUGUCAUCCGGGUCAGUGUAUCAACGGUAUCUCAAGUCCCUGCUGCGUCAAAGUCAGUGUCUGGUGCUGGGUCAAAGUCGGCGUCCGGUGCUGGAGCCAAUCCGCCAGUGCCAGGCAGCCUCCCGACCGUCACGCUAUCAGGAUCCGCUCUGUCAGGCCAAUCGAAACCUGUGUCGACAGUGAAUAUCAAACGUGGAGAUCCUACAAGCCAAAAUCCGUCACAAGCUGCGAAACCAACAUUUUCCCGACAGUCAGGAGAAACAAAGCGACAGACUACAACAACCACAGUAUCAGACGAUGAGAAAGCAGCGACGAGUUCCCAGACGCCCUCGUACACGCUAGUAUCAUCAAGCAGGUCAUUCCUGUGUAUGGGUAAGUCGUCAGCUCUACCGAAGCCUCAGACCGUCGAUAGCUCAGCAUCGUGUCGAGCGCAGUCGCUGACAUCGUCUCAGUCCAACUCAGAGGUGGGCGAUGCUGCGAAGGUGACAAGAGCGACAAAGGAAGUCAUGCACCAGAAACCUGGACCUACCUCCAAGACAGGUCCGGAGCUACCACAAGUGGUACAGUCUGGCAAAGAAAGACAGGGCCUAAGCACGACGAUGGCGUCUCAGUCGGCCGCUAAUCAGAAUGAACAGAACAAAGCUAAGUCUACUGGCGGUGCACGUCUGUCAUAUGUGCGCAUGCCGCCCGAACGUGUAGAGGGGCGCAUGGUGACUGCUCGCUUCGGUGGCAAACCUUCGCGCUGGAACAUGAUCGAAGUAGACAAGGUACCAGACCUCAUGCACGUCGAUGGCAUUCCCAUCUCGCUCACCAAGCGAUACCUCAAGCACGCCGUGCAUCAGGUGAAGAACACUGGCCGCCCUGUCUCGACCAAGGUGAACAAUGUGCUCGUCACCAUCGUAUGGAUGCCCCACCUGCCUGACUUUGUCUUCCUCGGACCCAUCAAGGAGCAGCCCGGGACGAGGUCGAGCACUGAGCCGGUUCCGGUGGCAGUCGCUGGCAGCACCGCGCCGGCUCCGUCCGCACUCGGCGUAGCGGCGGUGGCCGGACAGAGAACGCCGACGGAGACCGUCACCAGCACCGCAACGUCGUCUGGUCCCACUCAGAGGCCGAGUACCGCAUCGAAAACGGUAAUCAUUCCCUCGAAACCCAAAGCAAAAGCAACGUCCGCAACGCCGCCGUCUGCUGCGACUCGGCCUCAUGUGGUUAAAGCGGAGGCUCUAUCUCGGCGGGUGGGUAAUGUCCAGCGGCCCCCAGCUCCGUCUGCGCCGCCUGCGGCUCGACGCGCAGCGCCUGCCGCCGCCGCUACCGCCACCGCCACCGUGGACCCGCUGUCACCCUCCAUGGAGUUGUCCGCGGCGCUGGCGUUCGACGAGCCAGGCGCGUCGGCGACCGGCGACAGCGACGACGAGGUGGUAGUGCUGCCGCCGCCGCCGCCACGCGCUCCUCUCGACGUCAUCCUGUUGGACAACUCGGACAUCAGUGACGACGAGCUGGUGCUGGACACCAACACCGAGUGCCCGGAACGGAUGCCAGCUGCGAGCCAAUCUGUGGGCGAGGCAUCGACAUCGGGGCCCGGCAGGCCUCGCUCGGGCGGUAUGCCGACGGCGUCUUCAGUGCAGACACCUGCCGCCGCAGCGCCUGCCAGCGGCGGGGCGUCUCACGAGACAGCGCCUCCCACGGUCCCGACACCCGCCGUGGCAGCGUCCCAUGUCAGCCGACCAUCCGCCAAGACAGUGCCAGAUGUGGAUCAAAUAUCCGCCAAGGCAGUGCCACAUGUGGAUCGACCAUCCGCCAAGGCAGUGCCACAUGUUGAUCGACCAUCCGCCAAGGCAGCGCCCCAGGUGGAUCGACCAUCCGCCAAGGCAGUGCCACAUGUGAUUCGACCAUCCGCCAAGGCAGUGCCACAUGUGAUUCGACCAUCCGCCAAGGCAGUGCCACAUGUGAUUCGACCAUCCACCAAGGCAUCGCCCUCCAGCAGCGGGCCGUUGAAGCGGGUGCUGCCGCCCCCCUCUGCUCCUUUGCUACGUGCAGUGCUGGCCCCCAGCACCGUUGGCUCCGGAGCCGGAACGCGAGACCCUGGGAGGCCGUCCACUAGCUCGGCGGCCGAGGAGCCGAGUCCGGCGCGACCGGAGCCGGACGGCGCGACUGCCACGGACUCCGAGCCGCGACCCAAGCGACGCAAGCAGCAGCUCCAAGAGCGGCCCAUCCAAUCGCCUGUGCCGCCGUUUGUGCCGACGCCUCCACGAGUGCGGGUUCGAGUGAAUGCCGGGGAGUACACGGCCGCCAAGCACGCCUUGGAGGAGCUCCUGUUCGGGCGACUCGAGAACGCCACGCCCAUCAAACGCCAGACCGUGCUCGUACUGAAGACGGCACAGGAGGAGGUGCGCGUCCAGCGGAGCCGCCACUCCCAGCUGAAGGUGCGACUCUGGCAGGUCUCGCAGAAGCAGCGCAACCUUCUGAACCGACUGAACCGGGGGCUGGCUGAGCUGCCUCUGGAGAAACGGAUCGAGAAAAUCGCCGAGAUCGAGGAUCUGCUCUCCUUCGUGCAGGUGCGUGUCGACGGUGACGAGCACGAGCCUGUGAUGCUGCUGGAGCAGAAGCAGAGCCAGCAGCCGUCCCAGUUCCGCGUCAUCGCGCCCGACGGCGUGCCGGCGGCGCCGCCCAGCGCCGAGGACACAGACGCCGACGAGCUCUCCGUGAUGUAGGCGCCCCGGCCCGCCCGGCACGCGACUGAGGGCGGUGAGAGGACUGGCACUCUGGACACUGAACGCGCUGGCAUGACAAAAUAUGAUGAGAGUUAAGGGAGUUCUUUUCCAGAGCUGUUGCUGUUAUGUUGGUGAUGUGUAUUGUGUAUGUUAUACUUGCUCUGAUACCUCGUUGAAGCAGAAUAGGACGUUAGUUAGAUUGGGGGCGUUAGGCUCCCCUGAGCCCUGAUGAGCAAAAUGUUUGACACAUCUGAACACUGCUGUAGUGGGAUGUCCUGCAAGUGCAAACCCACGAGAGGUGGGAAACUGCAGCUUUCCGCUGCAACUGAGAGCGAGCAAAGAUUGCUGCUCGUGCUGAUACAUUUUCUGUUCAUUGUUCAGAGCACCGAUACGCUGUAUGCUGUACGCCCCCUGACUGUUCCUGGCUGGUGAGGCCAGGGCGCGCUGUCGUGUAGGUAUGUGUCGGGGGCGUCCUUUGUGCAUUCUUGGUGACUAUUACAGGGCUGUGACCGCGUGCGCCAGUGGGCACGCCAUUUGCGAGAGCAGCGCCCCGCGAGCUUGCUGCUGAUAACUGCCAGUUCCGUUCAGUGUGAUAGUGUGCUGGUGUAAAUAGUGUUGCACGCCGUGCAAGUCGUGAGCCAUGUUAUCAAUGCCCUUGUACCAUCCUGUAUCCCAGAGACGUGCAUUUGCGUGAGACGGUGCAGAUAAAACAUUGAGUACAAACGUAGACAAGGUUUGUGGCACAGACGGCUGCCGCGCUUUUCUGUUUUUGCUGAGCAUUUGUGGGCUGUCCUUCUGUUGGCGCGCUGUAACUUGUCGAGUGAUUCCGUUGGUGCGGGUUUGGAGAAGUCGAUGAGAAGGCAGAACCGUCUCCCGACGACACGACGGUGGAAGGUGAGGUUUCCCAGACGUCGUGUGACGCAUGCGUCACGUGUAUCUGUGUACAAAAUACAUGAUUACCAGUUAAUUUCAAA